AUGAGUUUGGACAGAACUUUGCUAUUAGUUCCUUGCAAUUUACAUGAAACCGAAUACAAAACAAAGCAGCACAAACAAUCCAUAAACAAUUUAGCAGCAGGAAUAUUGUUGUUUAAUAUUAUGUUAUGUCAUAUUAUGCUCGAGUAUUGUGCACAAGAAUUCUUUUUGUCUUUCUUCUUUAUGCAUUCACUUCGUGAUUCUUCUUUAGAUGACAUACACGUGCUUUUAUGUUCGCCGGUGUUGGUUGAUAUUGUGGAGAGCGCGAUAAAAAUUACUACGCACGAUUCAUAUAAGUUGAACGUUCAAAACUUAUAA